AUGGGUCUCUCGUACAACGUCUAUCUGACCUCCAACAAGAUCUUUGGCUGCAAGCAGUGCAAGACGCACCUGGCCGACUACAAUGAUAUCAUCAGUCGAAACUUCCGUGGCCAGCAUGGCAAGGCUUACCUCUUCAACACUGUCGUGAACAUCACCCAGUCCGAUGCCGUCGAGCGCAGUAUGACGACCGGUCGCCACAUCGUCCGCGACAUCGCCUGCCGACAGUGCAAGGAGACUGUGGGUUGGAAGUACGACAAGGCCUAUGAGAGCAGCGAGAAAUACAAGGAGGGGAAGUUCAUUCUGGAGGAGGAACUGCUCUGCAUAGUGUGCUAA